AUGGAUUUCACGGAAGCCUACAAGCAGACGGGGCCCUGCUGCUUCUCCCCCAACUCCCGCUUCCUUGCCAUUGCCGUCGACUACCGCCUUGUCAUCCGUGACGUUGCUUCUCUCAAGGUAGGCAGCCGAGUGCCCUCCGUCGCCUCUCUCCCUCUUUAUCUCUCCACCGAACCUCCUCUGCCUACUCUCUCUUCCCUGCGUCGUCAGCCUUCGCGCCUGCCCUUUUGUCUGCGCGUGGGUGUUUUGUUUGGUUCCGCUUGUGGUUUUAGUGUGUGGGAAGGAAGUGAGAGCUGUAGCAAUACAAAACGAACACAAAGAUGAAGGUAGCUUAUCCUUUUCGUCAGGGAUGUAGCACCUAGCAUACUGCAACCUCAUUUGCAACGAGGUGUCUUGAAGCGAAAUGCGGGACUGAAGCUUAAGCUGAUAAAUGUAGAUGAUGGAGUGCCGUUCAUUUCUCUUUUAGAGAUACAAGGCGCGUGAAUGAAAGUCUGGAAUCUUUUUCGUCAAAAAACUGAUUUUAGGGCCCAACGGUUUGAAGUUGGAAACCAUGACUGUGAACGAUACCUUGACGUAUGCAUUACCAAGUGCUGCUUUUGAUAGAAACUUUCUUCCUUUUCCCAGAGUUGGGAUUGAUGGUACGAUCAAUGGAGAAGAAAAACAGCCGUUUUUUUUAACUGAUAAUGAGAUACCAACUUGGCCUUUGAAUUCAGUAAUUCGAAAAUAUUGAUUCGGCUUAGAUGAGAUCGAUUCGUUGAGUAAUGAUCAAGGAGAGAGAUCAGAAAAGAUGAAUUCCUUCUAUCCCCUUGUUCAUUGUGCUUUCUUCCAUGGGCAUGAGCAACUUUUUUUUAGGGUUUUUCUUUAUUUGUCUCCAAUGGAGUGUCAGGGGGCCACGACCAACAUGGUUUUAUUCGAAAGGCUGUUUUACUGAUAAACUGGAUUUGAGCACUGCCUAUUCUAUUUCCUAUAGAAUGCUUGGAUAUAAAAAAUGCUUAAGUUGAGAUGUAGGACAUUUUCUGAUUGGCGUAAGCUUUGUGGAUCAUCCUGCUAUGAUUCGGAUUUUUGAUGAAAACAUGCUGCCGUGGCUGUUAAAUUAGUUCUGUCAUGAUAUUUGGGGUUGGGAGCAGUGAGCAUGCUGAGGUCCACAUUAGAUAUUACAAUUACUGCUCACCACCCAAAAAGUUUUCUGCGUUUUUAGGAUGGCAUGAUUGAAUACUUUAUCUAUCAUACAGUACCCUUCAGGUAACUGUUUCCGAAGGGACACUGAGCCCUUAAACUAUUUAGUUCUUUCAGAAUGAUUCUACUGCUCUGCCGUCUUACUAUCUUUGAGUUUUUCGGUGCAAAGCAACUGGAUAUAUGUAUUUAUAUAUUGAUGGCAUUGAUUUGUUUUUUUUGAAGAUACAACUUUGUAUGCCAAAAAGGUUCCUGAUUGGUGUGUUAGUCUACUUCAUUCCAAGGAAAUGGUUAUAGACCCAAUCUUAAUGUUCAUGUUGCCCAGUGGUGGAGGCAUGCAUCAGCCUGUGGGCGUUUAUUUUGAAUCCUUCGUGGUUUGAUCUUCGAUUCCUUUGACUUCCAUCCUCAUUGUCCCCCACUUGUCUCUGAUUCUGCUUGUAGGUUGUGCAGUUGUACUCCUGUGUUGACAAGAUAAACUAUGUCGAAUGGGCCCUCGAUUCUGAAUACAUACUUUGCGGCCUGUACAAGAGGCCAAUGGUUCAGGUGUGGUCGCUGACCCAGCCAGAGUGGACUUGCAAGAUAGAUGAAGGCCCAGCUGGCAUUUCUAAUGCCAGGUGGAGCCCUGACAGCCGACAUAUUCUCACAACGUCCGAUUUCCAGCUGCGUCUAACUGUUUGGUCCCUGGUGAAUACUGCCUGCGUUCAUGUACAAUGGCCAAAGCAGAUUUCGAAAGUCGUUUCCUUCACUCAGGAUGGAAAGUUUGCUGCUGUUUGCACAAGACGCGAGUGCAAGGAUCAUAUAAUUCUUCUCUCCUGCCAGACAUGGGAGAUCAUGGGCUCCUUUGCUGUCGAUACCAUGGAUUUAGCAGGUAUUGAAUGGUCACCAGAUGACAGUGCAAUAGUGAUCUGGGAUUCACCUUUGGAAUACAAGGUACCUAGCUUUGGGCUCAGCAUCAACUUUAAAUUCCCUUCAUACUUUAUAUAUUCCAGUGGGUAUGUGUAUUUUUUCGUCAUCAUUGUAGAGAAAGGUCCAGUCUUUUUUGGUUCUUGUGCCAGGGCUAAUAUGCAUCUUUUAUCAUUAUUGACGAAACUGAAUUCUUCAGUGGUUAGAUAAACUGCAUGAGAUAAAUCAGAUGUGUAAGUAGUUGGCGAAUGGAAGAAGAGACAAAGUUUCUCAAUUUUUUUUUCCUAAUGAUUAAUCAGAGUAAAUGUGUUUAACAACGUGUGAAUUUAUGGCUGACAUCAAUUCGCUGCAUUGUUAUCUUAGAGGCCUGAUUCUGCUUUAUGUUUCUCCAUUGGGCCAUAUCUAUUGCUCCUGAAGGGCGAGUGAUGAUUUUCUUGAAGAAACCUGCUAAUGUCUUGCUUUUUGUCAAGUUAACGGCAAAGCCUUGGCUAGAUUGACCAUCUUUCACUGUUGUUUGGAAAAACGAAUUAUUGUUGACAUGUUUUGUGUCAAACCAGGGUCUUGAUCUUCUUGAUCAGGUCUUCACCCUCCCUUCUCACUGGAGCUGCCUAGAAAAUCCCAUUGGAGUAGAUUCACGAAAAGUCUUACUUCAAUUCACCUCUACACCGGUUUAAAUACCGAUUACAUCUAUAGUGGCCAACCCCUCUUAUUUUGAAGAAAGAAAGGGAGAUCCCAUUAAGUAGUCCAUAACUGACUCACUUAAGGGCCUAAAUAGAAGAGAGACACUACAAUAACAAGAUCCUAGCUUGUCUGACAUUUUUUUAUCUAACCUUUUUAAGAUACGUCAGUUAUGAUCCUAGUCAAUUAUUGUGUCAAAAGAAAUCAUAUUAAGGAUUAGUUGAUAGAUUAUUGAUAUUUAGUGGCUAACCUAUUGAAUCUGUUCUUACUCUUUAUUCAGUCUAUCAAAGGCAAAGGAAAACUAAGGAAAUAAAAGAAGGCAAAGGUGAACUAAAGGGAGGAGAAGGGAAGCAUGAGAUAAAAGAAGAUAAAAGGGGGAAUAAGUUGCUUUUGUCUGAUGUACACUAUCACCACCAUUUCCGUUCCGUUUUCAUUAGUUGUUCUUUGUCUUUCCACAGCUCCUAUUUUCUAUGUGGAAGAAACGCAUUAGGCCGGCCAUUAUUGGGGAAGACUAUCAGAAUAUUGUAUUUGUUCUUGUAGAAGAGCAUUCUACUAACCGGGAUGGAUGAAUCUAUGUGACUCCUGAAAGUAAGAAUAUAAUUUAAACUAAUAUCAGAAUAAAAUUCCUUUUAAAUUCCCAAUAUAUGGAUAAAAAAUAAAUUUGGCAUUGCUGAAGAUUGUGAGAGUAGUUGAAAGUUAUACGUAGCACAUUUCAUUUUCACUCUUUCAAGAAAAAACAUAUGGGGCAGUGGACUAGAAUACUAUUGAUAAUUAAUCACUUGUCAUGCAAUUUUAUUUGUUUCACAUUGUUUUCCUGGGGUGGAAAUCAGCUGUGGGAGAAGCUUGGCUGAUGAUUUCUCAUCAAAAUACCUGGGCAAGGAUCCCAAGACCUUUCUCGGAUGGUUUGACGUGUGAAACUGCUUACAUAUGCCAAUCUUAUUGAUCCCUGCUCUGCGUUUCAAGGUCAACCUCUGCCAGUGUCUUAGUGUUUCGCUUUCAUGGCUGAUCAUUGCUGAUGGUGAAUGUUUCUCUGAUGUUCUCCUCUGGUUGGCCAACUUUGCGUUAGUCUGAGAUACUAUCGUGUAAACAUGCUGUGUUAUGAGUUCAUGCCGCAUGUCCAGCGGUGAUUGCUGCUUACGUUUACUUCUCAAAGCUUCCAGCAGUCAAACCCGAAUUCUCAAUUUCUUGAGAAUGAGGUUAUCGGGAUGGCAAGAAAAUCCAGCUUUUUGAUAGAAAGCAAGUAUAGCUCCUCAUUGAUAGAAUCUAAAAUAUUUACUGGUCAUUUAAUGUUCAGAAGAACCAAGAUAAAAAAUAAGAAUAUAGAAUCUAUAUUAGAGAAUGUGUUGAAUACAACGAUUGAAUCUCUAUACCAUGAAAUGAAUAGCCAGAAAUAGCAAAGGGCAUAAGUUUUUUCCACGUCGGUUUCUAUUGAUUUAGAUUUUCUUUGACCAUGGCUUUGCUUUGUUCCUCCUUGCCCAUCAGUGAUUCAUUAGUGAACAGAUAAUUGAAGCUGUCCCAUAUCUAGUUUACAUCUGACACAGUCAAAUUCCAUCAAACAUUCUCCUUUCUUUCCCCUUUUUAACAUUUGAUCAGCUGGCACACCACAUUAAUGUUGCUUCCAUGGUUUUUACUGCAUGGUAGUUCAAUCCCUCGCACACUUUGGUGCAGAUGUCUUCAGCACUCAGAUCUAUCCUUGCUAUGUCAAAAGCAUGGAUUCCUCUAUCCAUUGAUCAUCUCUAAAUUGUUGCUUGCCUUAAUUUUUCAUCAACAUGAGGUGCUUGAUUACUGCCCUCUUUCACCCAGGUGCUCAUUUAUUCUCCUGAUGGGAGGUGCCUCUUCAAGUACAGUGCAUAUGAGAGCGGCCUGGGUGUAAAAUCCAUUGCGUGGUCACCAUGUGGGCAGUUUCUAGCUGUCGGCAGCUUUGAUCAGAUGCUGCGUGUGCUGAACCGCCUCACCUGGAAGAUCUUCGCUGAGUUUAUGCACGUGCCUGCCAUUCGUGGCCCCUCUAGGGCUGUCAUCUUCAAGGCAAGGAAUUCCCCACUUCGUCACCCUUUUCCACCACGAGAUUGCCUGCCGUCGUGGUUCUCGAAGGACCUUCUUCCCUUUUCAGGAAGUGGAUGAGGCUCUGCAACUUGAUAUGUCGGGCUUGCAAUUGAGCAAUGAGCUUUCGAAUACGGUGCAGGGGAGUUGUCCUGGUGAGUGAGCUCUGGAAUAACCUGCUAUUCAUAAUGGGAUGUUAUUGGCUGAUUUUGUUUUUUUGUUUUUUUUUUUUUGAGAUCCAUGGGAUUUAUGUGCGAACCAAUUGCUAUGUUCUUGUGCUACCUUGUAGAUUUCUAGCCUUGAUCUUGAACAUUGUUUAAGUAAUGAAUUAGUGUUGUAGAAACUAUGGUCCGAUUGGUUUUGAUUGCCGAAAUUGGAUCAAGAGCAGUGAUGGGGUUGGGUGGAUUAUGAUUAUUUUUUCAGUUGAAAAUCAUGUUCUUCUCAUCGGUGUGAUUCAGUAUUCUGAUUCUCAUUGGAGUGAGCUGAACCCAGCUGUUCUCCCUGACCUUUGGAGAUUAGAUUUGCUCAUUCAUGAAGGGGACAAUAUGUUAUGAAUCUUAGUCAACUCUCUGAAGAUUCAUAAAUGAGAUUAAAGUACCUUUUUUAUUUGUUUUUUUUAUAAAUAGUAUCAUUCUACUCGACGACUUCCUCAUUCAGUAAGUCAAUGCGUUUAAUUUUUUUUCAUUUCAUUUGUUCUGAUGAUUUCUAUUUCGAGUCAUUUACACCAUGCCCCUGCUUGCUUCCGUCCUAGAAAACAUUGCUGAAAGCCAUUCCCGCGUCAAGUACAAGGUGAUGGAUUUCCCCACCAGCUUGCCUUCUCAGAAGCCUCCCCUGGACAAGCCCAACCCAAAACAAGGAAUCGGUCAGUCUCUCUCUCUCUCUCUCUCUCUCUCUCUCUCUCUCUCUCUCUCCCCUCAAAUCGUACGUUCUGUGUCUUACUCGUUGACUCUUCACGUGCCCUUUGUCCUAUCUAAGAUCCUUCAUGGAUGUAGGUUGGUGAGUUUCCCUCCGCUUUCAGACAGCUGCUGUUCUUUUUUGCUCUUUCCAUUAAUGGGUUUCAGGGAGAUUUUAGAGAGAUGAAAAAUAACAAAUAUGCUUUUUUUAGACUGUGCAUGGGGGUUGACUUUCCGACCUCUUUUCCAGGUCUCCUGUCAUGGAGCCACGACAGCCAGUAUCUCUUCACCCGGAACGACAGCAUGCCGGCGGUCCUCUGGAUCUGGGACAUCUGCCACCUAGAGCUAGUCGCCGUCCUGGUGCAGAAGGAACCCAUCAGGGCCGCCGUGUGGGACCCAUCAGGGCCGCGUGUCGUCCUGUGUACCGGGACUCGCCACGUGUACAUGUGGGGCCUGCGGGGGGCCUGCUCCGUCACCGUCCCCCUCAGUAAUUUUCUCGUCUCCGACCUCCGGUGGAGCCCAGAUGGCAGCUGCCUUCAUCUCCGAGACCGAGAUUCCUUCUGCUGCGCAGCCUUGCCCUCCAUGGAGCUGGGCCCCAGUGAUGACAGCUCAGAUGGGGACGGGUAG